AAAAAAUGAAUUGACUUUACUGUUAAUCCACACAAAUGUAGCUACACUAAUAUUUGAACAAAAAACAAUCAAAUCACUACAUUUUCUUGUUUAGCAUUGCUUUAAUGUAUUACCUACAACUAAAUAAACAUUAUCAUAUUGAAUUUGGGGAAACUACAGAAACAUAUUCUCACAUAUUACCCCUCCUGUUUUUUCAGAUUAGUGCAGAUUAAGUGCCACUCACUGUCAUUUACUGAACUAAACAGACAGGGGGGUAGUCUGAAUAAAAGAGACACAAAGCUAAAACAUAAACAAUGCAACCAAAAAAGGAUAACGCUAAUCCCAUGUUGAAUGAAUGUAGAUGUAAUUUUAGACCAAUGUCUACUGUCAGGAGCCAAACCAAUCACUGCUACAUUUGUGUGGAUUAGUAACCAUGUGUUUGAUGUAUUUCAUACUAUUCUGCUCCAGCCAUUACCACGAGCACAUCCUCCCCAAUUAAGAUGCCUCCAACCUCCUGUGUUUUAUUACUCAAUUUACUCCAUUGGGGCUCAAUGAUCGAUCUCAAUUUGUUGCUCAUAUUAGCCCCUGGUGGUAACAUUCUGUACUAUCACCAGCCUCUCCAACUGAAGUUAUGUGACUGCACUCACCUAGCAUGAGAUUUGUUUUGUUUACGGUUGGUGUUGCCAGGAUAUGUUCACUGAAUACCACUCCUCUCCUUAGACCUAUUCUUGUCUGCAAUGAUUUAAACUGUCAGUUAUCUAAACAUGAGUGCCCAGGACUUAAUAACAUUUAAUAUUGGAGGUAAAAAAUUCACCACUACUCUGUCAACUCUCAGAAGACACCAAGACUCAAGAAUAGCUAGGAUCCUGGAUGGCAAAGACACAGACUUUAAAGUUAUCAGUGGACAAGUUUUUGUAGAUAGAGAUUGGACUUUCUUUAAAUACAUCCUGGAUUAUAUGAGGACAGGUCAAAUCACCUUGCCAGCAGAAUUCUCUGACUACAAUGGCUUGGCUCAAGAAGCACAGUUCUAUGGUUUGUAUCCAUUGGCACUUUGGGUUGAGAGGAACAUCCAUCGAUCCAGAGUUGAGGUUCUAGAAUUGCGCUUCUCUGUCCAGGAAACUCACGGAUUCUUCCGAAUAUUCUGCUCCAAUAACAAAACUCUCGAGGCUUUGGCGACAAGGAUAUCCGUUUUCGUGGAACAUCCAAAUCUGAAUUUCCCACACCUGCCUCAGAACUCCAGCACACCUCAUCCUGUACCGGUCCAGAGACCCUCUCACCACGACAUGGUGUUCCAAUGUGGGACUGACCAACUAGCCAGGGACGACUUCUCUGCCAGGUUUGUAACUAUUGAGCCGGACGACAGAAAGCUUCUCAACAGCACCAACGUCCUGGGCCUGCUGGUAGACACCCUUCUGAAGGAUGGGUUCCGUCUGAUCGGCACAAGGACAGUUUCCCAUGAGGAGAAGAUUGAAUGCUACAUGUUUGAAAGGAGCAGGAAUACCCAGAUCGUUGUACUGAGUGAAACCCCCAGGGCAGAACAUCUCAGAAGAGAGGACACACAGAGCCAGCUUGGUGAAGGAAAUAAAAAGUGAACUCAGUGUCAGGGUGCAUCUCAAAAGUCUAAAGUGGUUCCCUUUCCAUGUCAUGUUCUGUAAUGUCAGUGGACUUCAGACUAUUGAGAUGGACCCAUUCUCUGAGAGUCAGACUGGAUUGACCAGCAGAUGGCGACAAAGGAUAAUAAUGUUGAGGGCCAUAAUGUCAAUAUGCUUCACCUCACCAUUAGUCUCAAUUUAUACAGUAUAUUUUAUUUGACAUCAAUUUCCUGUGUCCUAAAGUAUAUUUCCAAAAGUACAAUUCUCUAAUUUGAAAUAGAAUUGAGAAUGUAUUUGAUCAAGAACACAAAUAAAACAUAAAAAAUAUAACUUUUUGUUUAAUUCAACCAGGUAGCCCAUAGACUGAUGUCGAACGGCAAUGCUUUGCUUCAACAGCACCGUCAAUACUGGAGGCUUCAGCAGUGGUGACUCCAAUAUUUACGUGCUGCUACAGCAAGGCAGCCAGUCACAGAAUGGCGGUCACAAGCCUCGGAUGUUCAGGCUUCGCUCACGUUGUCACAGACAUGCACAUAACACCACAGCCACCCUCUCUUGUACCCAGUCUGAACUCUCAAG